GUGUUGCGAAAGAGAGCCGACACGUACAGGGCGCUGUGUUUGUUUGUUGGUGCUGAACCGGGUCGAGCUGAACCGAUCCGAGACAGCAGCACCAAAGAACCGAGGAAGGAAGAGAAACGAGAAAAACAACUGUCCCGGAAGAGAGUAUUUCCUUUAACCUUGGAGUCUGUUUUUAUUCUGAUGUAACUGACAGCUGAACACUCCGUCCGUAAAUGUGUGUUAUAAGGUGUGUUUCUGCACGAGCCUGGACCUUUAGCUAAAACGUGCAUUAGUUAAACAGACUCACUCGUAAGAGGGAAACAAAUGGAGGAAUCAGACGUCCUCUCGUCGGAGCGAAACAUCCUCUGCCUGUUCGACGUGGACGGCACUUUGACACCACCUAGAGAGAAAAUCGACCCUCAGUUGGACGAGUUCUUCCAGUCUCUGCGGAGGAAAGUGAAGAUCGGCAUUGUGGGAGGGUCGGACUACUCCAAGAUAGCCGAGCAGCUCGGGGAUGAUGUGGUGCACAAGUUCGACUAUGUGUUUGCUGAGAACGGGACGGUGCAAUACAAAGACGGGAAACUCCUCUCAACGCAGGCCAUUCAGAACCAUCUUGGGGAGGAGCUGCUGCAGGACCUGAUCAACUUCUGCCUCAGCUACAUGGGGCUCAUCAAGCUGCCAAAGAAAAGGGGGACGUUCAUUGAAUUCAGGAAUGGCAUGCUCAAUAUUUCCCCCAUCGGUCGAAGCUGCACACAGGAGGAGAGGAUAGAAUUCUCUGAAAUCGAUAAGAGAGAGAAGAUCCGGGAGAAAUUCGUAGCGGCCCUGAAAGAGGAGUUUGCUGGAAAGGGACUACGGUUCACUAAAGGCGGUCUCAUCAGCUUCGAUGUGUUCCCGGAGGGCUGGGACAAGAGGCUGUGUUUAGAGCUGCUGGACAGUGAAGGCCUGGACGCCAUCUACUUCUUCGGCAACGAGACCUCGGAUGGAGGGAACGAUUAUGAAAUCUUCAACGACCCUCGGACCAUCGGUUUCACCGUCUUCCCGGAGGACACGGCCCGGUUCUGUCGGGAGAUUUUCUUUGACACUCCGCCUCACGAGCCUUGAGUCCCCUGAUCCCUUUACCCACAAUCCCCUCUGUUUUCCCGCCUGUGGCUCUCCGCUUGUACGACAACAAGCUCCUCUAACGCAGGAUGUUUAUGAACCAAGGUACUACUACUGAUUUCCUCCUCCUUAAUAAUAUGAAAACAAUGGACAGCAGCAGCGGGGGGAUUGGACUACAUUUUAAACCUUAAUCCUUCUGCUUUUUAAGUAUUUUAAAAAGGGACAGAGAAGGUGUUACAUGUUGUAUGUUAAAGUCAUGUGCAAUAAGAUUAGCAUGUAGCAUAAGUUAGCCAAACAGCUAACAGAAUAUAAAGGUUGUUAUUGUUGGAAGUUCUUACUACAGAUUAUUUGGGUAUAAGUGAUGUUUUGCACUAAUUCUGGGCGUAAUGUAAUAUGUUUGAUCAUUGCUGAAAGAGAUGAUGACAGUGAAAGGGAGAUAUUAAAUAGGGUGAGGAAAUGGGAUAUGAGCGAAGCGAUAAAGAAGAUGUUUUUAUUCCUCCAAAGUUGAGGAUAUAUGAAUCAUUCCAGUUAUUGUAACGUCUCUGGAGAUUAAUUGUGUGAUUCCUUAAAUAUCAAAUGUUUUUUAAGCUUCAGGGAAGAGAAGAGCUUGUUUUGCAUCUCUAGGUUUUUAAAAUUCAAUUAAAAGGAACACAUAUCAGAUGUAUGUAUUGACUACAGACUCAAUGAAUUCAUCUUAACCAGUGAGUGAAGCUACCACCUUCUGUCAGUCCAUACUUUUAGUGUCAAAUAUUUCUACAAACUGUAUCAUGGCUUGAACGCUGUAUCUGGUAUGCUUGGUUCUUUGUUGCUAAUUAUUUUAAUAUGAAGGGUUUUACAAAUAACUUUUAAAUAUGUGAACACUAAAUGGGUAAUGCCUCUUUGAUUUAUCAGUAUUGUAAAUGUGAGGCUUUUAAAUGCAUCAGCUGCAGGACUGUUAACACUCCUUUAAAACGACUCAAAGGAUCAUGUAGAAAAAUACUUUUAUGCACAACAGGAAAUGUUUAUGAUGCUAACUGAUUACUUUCAGUCUUUUCUGGAUAAAAAAAGUGGAUUAAUUGUAAUAAAACAUUUUGAUAUCUUGCACUGAA